AUGAAGGUUAUCAACAUUACCCUCACGGGUGCGAUGCUCGGUAUGGCUCAGGCUAGCCCUUUUGUCACCCGCGCAGCUAUCACCGAUGCCGAUAUCCUCAACUAUGCCUUGACCCUCGAGCACCUUGAGGCCACCUUCUAUGAAGAGGGCCUCAAGAACUACACCCACAAAGAUUUCUUAAACGCUGGCUUCAAGGAUCCCUUUUACUCCAACCUGCAGGUGGUCGCUUCGGACGAGAAGGCACACGAGGAUUUCUUGACAGGGGCUCUCAGUGCUGCCGGUGCUUCCCCCGUUAAGCGUUGCUCAUACAAUUUCCCCUCAACCGAUGUGAAAAGCUUCCUUGCCCUUGCUAGCGUCCUCGAAGGUGUCGGCGUUAGCGCCUACCUUGGCGCUGCUGCGUCAAUUGCCAACAAGGAUUAUCUCACUGCGGCUGGCAGCAUUUUGACCGUUGAGGCCCGCCACAGCUCCUACCUACGCGCCGCGAAGGGGGAAGUUCCUUUCGCUCAGCCUUUCGACGACCCUCUCGACUUCGACGAAGUGUACACCCUUGCGGCAUCAUUCAUUACAUCAUGUCCCUCCAGCAACACAAAGCUCCCAGUCAAGGCUUUUCCUUCGCUGACCUUGAAAUCGACCGGCACUCUCUCCAGCGGCUCCAAAGUCCGCGUGGUGGCUGGCAGCGACUUUGACGAUUCCAAUCCCAGCAACCUAUACGCUGCUUUCAUUACUGUCACUGGGCCUGUAUGGGCUCACCUCUCAUUCAAGGGUGAUAAUUCGUUCACGGUUACUAUCCCUAAGGGUAUUGCGGGCCAGAGUUACGUUGUCAUCACCAAGGGAAAGAGCAAGGUAACUGAUGACAACAUUGUUGCUGGCCCCGCCAUUAUCGAGGUGAUUUAG